GCCCAAGGCGGCGGGGGGAGCGGCGGCGGCGGGGCCGGGGCCGGGGCGGGUGACGGGCGCCAUGUGGCCGUGUGGAGGGAGGCGGCAGCGGCGUCUGGGGGGAAUGGCGGUCCUGGUCAUCGUGGUGUGGUUGUUGGUGCGCAGGUUUAACUGGAGUGAGCUGAUCCCUCUGCGGCUGUGGGGCAGGACCCUGGGCUUGCAGACAGAAAGGUCCCAGUUCCUCCUGGAGGGCAUGCCCUUCCGUAUCUUUGGAGGCUCCAUGCACUACUUCCGAGUGCCCCGGGAAUACUGGGAAGACCGCAUGCUUAAGAUGAAAGCUUGUGGCUUGAACACCCUCACGACGUACGUGCCCUGGAACCUUCACGAGCAGGAAAGAGGGAAGUUUGACUUCAGUCAAAACCUGGAUCUAGAGGCCUUCCUUUCCCUGGCAGCUAAAACUGGUCUGUGGGUGAUUCUGCGUCCUGGCCCCUACAUCUGCUCUGAAUGGGACCUUGGUGGUCUGCCCAGCUGGCUACUGCAAGACCCAGAGAUGCAACUGAGAACAACAUACAAGGGCUUCACAGAAGCUGUGGAUGCCUAUUUUGAUCAUCUAAUGCCUAUUGUGGUCCCUCUUCAGUACAAGAAAGGAGGUCCCAUUAUUGCAGUGCAGGUGGAGAAUGAAUAUGGUUCCUAUGCCAAAGACCCAAACUACAUGGCCUAUGUUAAAAUGGCCCUGUUAAACAGAGGGAUUGUGGAGCUGCUAAUGACCUCAGACAACAAGAAUGGUCUGGCUUUUGGCUUGGUGGAAGGAGCACUGGCCACUGUUAACUUUCAGAAACUGGAACCUGGGGUGCUGAAAUACCUGGACACAGUACAGAGGGAUCAGCCAAAGAUGGUGAUGGAGUAUUGGACUGGGUGGUUUGAUAGCUGGGGAGGCCCUCACUAUGUCUUUGAUGCAGAUGACAUGGUGAAUACUGUAGCAAGUGUCCUCAAAUUAGGAGCAUCCAUCAAUCUCUACAUGUUUCAUGGAGGCACCAACUUUGGCUUCAUGAACGGUGCUUUGGAGGCUGAUGAAUACAAGUCAGAUGUCACCAGUUAUGAUUAUGAUGCUGUGCUGACAGAGGCUGGAGACUACACCUCCAAAUUUUUCAAGCUCCGACAACUCUUCAGCAUGAUCAUUGGCCAGCCUCUACCUCUCCCUCCUAUGAUUGAAAGCAAAGCAUCAUAUGGUGCAAUCCUGUUGCACCAAUGUAUCUCCCUCUGGGAUGUGUUACCAUCUCUUGUACAGCCCAUCAAGUCAGAGUUUCCUGUUAACAUGGAGAACUUGCUUGUAAAUGACAGCAGUGGGCAGUCCUAUGGAUAUGUGCUCUAUGAGACUGUCAUAUUUGGUGGUGGACACCUGCACUCAAGGGACCAUGUCCGUGACAGAGCACAGGUGUUUGUGAACACCAUGUAUGUUGGUGAGCUGGACUAUAACACGCUGGAGAUCUCCCUUCCAGAAGGCCAGGGAUUCAGGCAGCUCAGACUCUUGGUGGAGAACCGUGGUCGUGUCAAUUAUGGCCUGGCACUGAAUGAACAGAGGAAAGGCUUAAUUGGUGAUGUCUUCUUGAAUAAAACCCCCUUGAGGAACUUCAAGAUUUACAGUUUGGAGAUGAAGCCUGGCUUCAUGAAAAGCUUGAGGCACGUGGGUGGCUGGAGUGCAGUCCCAGAUUACUUUGUUGGUCCAGCUUUUUUUCGUGGAAAGCUGUGGAUAGAGCAUCAGCCAAAGGACACUUUCUUGAAGUUACAGGGCUGGGAAAAAGGAGUUGUUUUUGUCAAUGGUCAGAACCUGGGCCGUUACUGGAAAGUUGGACCUCAGGAAACACUCUACCUUCCUGGCCCCUGGUUAUAUAGAGGGAGCAAUGAGAUUGUCAUUUUUGAAGAGCGCACUGCAGGACGGAUAAUCCAGUCUGUUGACAUUCCUUACUUAGGAAGGACCCAGUAUGUGGACUGAUGAGAGCUUUUCUCCCACGUUUGGUUCAUCUUGACUAUUCCUGGUUGCAUGUCUGGGGACACCGUUGCCCAGGCACUUGGGCAUGUUAAUUUCCACUAGACCCAGGAUUUGCCCUUUGGCAGUAAGUUCAGAAGACAGAAGGGGCCCCUGAAGGAACCAGAGUCCACUGUUUGAUGGAUGGAUGUGGAAAUCCAUCUCCCUGCACUGAGGACCCACAGCUUGGCUGGCUGUGCAUGAUGUUUUGGGCCAUCUGGUGAAAGUGGGGGAGUAAAAAGGGGAGAGAGAAAGAACUGAAGCCAUCUGAAAUGGAAGCUGAGCUCAGCUCUGCAGUGACUUGAAAGAUGUGUCAUUACUGGCCUCCUCGUUUUUAUAAUUAGAUAGGGAGAAAAUAGUUGGCAAAUAUGUGAGUAACCAGGUGUGGAAAAGCAUUUUGUUGUGCUUCCAGGCAGAUUUUAGCAGCUCACUCUGCAAAGAGGCCGUUACUUGUUGGAAGCUAAGUUGGUUGUCAAAUGAGUUUCAUUCAAGCUUUUUUUUUUUUUUCUGUUCAGGUUUACUAUGGAGGUUGUCUCUCUCAAAAAGCAAAAAAACAAAAAAAAAAUGUUUUAAAAAGUGAA